AUGCUUAAGUGCUCGAACAGUGGGGGGUACAUGCAGGGUCUUCUCUGCGCAGAAUGCUUAAGAGAACUGGAUGUGUUCAACUAUCGCGAUGAUUUUACGGCUGACGGAGCAAGCAGAGUGCAGCUCAAACCGACGCAACGGUUGGAAGAUCUUGAGAGCUUCCAUUUCGACAUGCCUUUACGCGUGAAAGAGAUCUUGGAAGCUACCGAGGGCUUUAUUGCAAUGCCGCACCCGCCAUCCGCCACCUUGGCCGAUACAGCCAGACUCGCAAUCUUUGCAGAUAUCUAUGAGAUCGAGCCAUUGUCGCAAGCGGCAUUGAUGUCAUUGUACCAUAAGUUGACUCGAGAGCCACUCGACGGAGACAGCAUCGCUACAGUCAGUGAGGUCACCGAGCUCGUGUACAAUCACACAACCGGUUCCGACACAGAUGGCAAUUCCAAAGACAAGCACGUUCUCCGAAGAAUGUUAUCAGAGUUCAUUGCAAUCCAUCGUGGCAAGUUUACAGCUUCACCAACCUUCAUGGAACUCCUCCGCAAGGGAGGGGAAUUACCGUGUGAUGUAUUGUCAGCCACUGUCUAG